AUGCCGUCUUAUAUUCCCUACCAACGCCCACCACUCGCCGGUGCGGUCUUUGCUGCUGUUGCUCAACCCGUUUCCCGCAGCUCCACCACAGUUAGCACUUACACAUCACUCGACCACGCGCUGGGCCACGAAGGCGCUCGCGGAGGCACCGAUCCAAUCCUGCAACCCCCACAACAGCCUAACCAACCAGCGGGCCAGCAGAUGGCUUCUGACGGCCGCUACAUAUAUCACGGCCCACAGGACGUUCCCGCACCUUAUGCCUACGCCCCCUAUCCCCCGUCUGGAUACGAGCAUCCCCAGUUCGCCCAGAACAUGCCAAGGCCGCCCGCUCGCUCAUCACAGACACAUUCUCCCCAUCCACCUCCGCCCGCGACACAGCCGUACAGUGCCCCGCCUGCAACAUACCCGCCCCCACAUCCUCCUCAUCCCUAUGGCCCACCACCGUACGCGGUAGCCCCACCGCCCGGCGGUCCGUGGACAGCCGAGAACUGGCCACACUACCCGCCGACGUUUCCGCCGCCCCAGCCUCCCCCGCAGGAGGGUCCCAGUCCAUACAGCACCAAUGGCACGCGGUCUGAAAUUCCUCCCCCCGAGCAUCGGCAAUAUCAGCCUGGUUCUUCGAGACCCGAGUCGGAUCGAGCCGACGAGCGGGCACCACGGCUAGCAGAUGCGGCGCCCAAAUCCAAUUCAUCCAAUCCAUCCAAUCCACGUAAAGUGAAGGACCCUGAGCCUCCUACGCCUACACCUGCGCCUGCGCCCCCACCCCGCUCGCCCAGCCUCGGCGUCGACUUCUUUAAGCUGCGAGACCAGUAUGGUCUCGUCCGGGAGUCGGCCGCUGCUCUCGGGCAUGACACUCAAUCUGCUAUCCCCGCAGAGGCGAUGGAGCGCAUGGCGCAGGCUGCCGCGUAUGGCGCGCAAGCAUUAGAGUCUGCUGCAAAGCGCAUGGUCCAGGGAGACGCCCCGCGUCCACCUGACGAACGUAGUCCGGAGGAACCAGAUUCUAACGAGCCCAAACCUCCACCGCCGCCGUCGGAACAACCAGGUUCGGAAGGACAAACAUGUUUAGGGUGUAACGCGACCUCGACGCCAGAAUGGCGGAGAGGGCCGAUGGGGCCCCGGACGCUCUGCAAUGCAUGCGGCCUCGUCUAUGCGAAACUGAUUAAGAAGCGCAACCGCGAUUGGCAGCGCACGCGCAAUACGUAUGUCGGUGGAGGUUCAGCAUCGCACAUACAGGCACCCGACGAUGUUGCGCCCGCGUCGAACGGCGAGGUCAGCAGCGACGACGAUGAAUCGUAUGGUUCGCAAGACCGGCAUAGCGAUGGAGGGUUUCACGGCGGGCGAGAUUGA